AACUGAAGUUUUGGUCAUUAGCUCUCUCAAGGGUGAACUUUGACGGAGAUGGCACUGUCUCACAUUACCUCACUCUCAACUCUACAGUCUCCGUUCCACAAACUUCAAUUCGUCGGAGUAUCUCAAAAUCGGAGAGAACUUAUAAUCCCGACGGAGAAAAAUUCAAGAUAUCAUUUGGUUUCGUUAUGUCAUACGGCGAGAAGAAAUCGGCGGACCAUCAGCUGCGUCGCCGGAGAAGUAUCUUCAACUCCCUCUACUACUAUCUCGUCGAUAUUCGUGAAGGGGCUUGCGGAUUCAGUGAGUGAAGGCCGUUUGAAGAAGGUCUUCUCGCAGUUUGGACAAGUUAGCCAUGUAAAAAUCAUUGUGAACGAAAGAACUCGGCAGUCUCUAGGAUAUGGCUAUCUCUGGUUUAACAAAAAAGAGGAUGCACAGUUGGCUGUUGAAGCUAUGAACGGAAAGUUCUUUGAUGGCAGGUUUAUACUUGUUAAAUUCGGCCAGCCUGGAUUGUCCCGUCGCCGGAGACCAAAUUCCGAUUUUCUUUUUGUAAAUAAAUAAAUGAUCUUACUAUAUUUUCUGUUGUGAGCGAAUGUAAUAAAAACUCGGAUUCUAAAGGAGGAACCCAUUUUUUAAAUGUCCCA